UAAUGCCUCAAUGACUGUACGUAUUACGUAAUUACGUAACCACGGAAGCACCAGUAGCCUAGUAGCCUGCUAGUAGCUAGUUUGCUAACAAGAGAGAAGAUGGAUUCUCCCAUUCUGGAACCAUCCUUGUACACUGUCAAAGCAGUUCUAAUUCUGGACAACGAUGGAGACAGGCUUUAUGCCAAGUAUUAUGAUGAUACGUACCCGACAGUGAAGGAGCAGAAGGCAUUUGAGAAGAACAUAUUCAACAAAACACACAGGACAGACAGUGAGAUAGCAUUACUCGAGGGCCUCACUGUUGUCUACAAGAGCAACAUAGACCUCUUCUUUUAUGUGAUUGGAAGUUCCCAUGAAAAUGAGCUUAUGCUUAUGGCUGUUCUAAACUGCCUUUUUGAUUCGCUCAGUCAGAUGUUGAGAAAGAAUGUCGAGAGAAGGGCUUUGUUGGAGAAUAUGGAAGGACUCUUCCUGGCUGUGGAUGAAAUCGUAGAUGGAGGGGUGAUCCUGGAGAGUGACCCACAACAAGUUGUGCACCGUGUGGCUCUCAGGGGGGAUGAUGUGCCUUUGACAGAGCAGACAGUCACCCAGGUUCUUCAGUCUGCCAAAGAACAGAUCAAGUGGUCGCUCCUACGGUAGAGUCGCCCCUGCACCAGUCUACCAGUGAGCCGCUGUUCAGCCCAGUCUUUGUGGCACUGAUCCGCAUACUCCUUUUCCUCUGAUUUCCACUCCUUCAGUUAAAGCUGUGACGAGUACCACUGGCUGUUCCAGUCACACUCCCAGGACUACUGCUUGACAAAAUUUCCAAUUUUUUUCUUUAUUCUUUUUGCACAGGCUUGCAUUGUAUGACAUAAUCUACAUGAGGAUAAGAUAUGGUGUACAUUCCAGUACGAAGACUGGCCUGUUUUGUUUGUUUGUUUUUUUCCAUUACAGCAUCUGGGUGUUUAUUAUACCAGCAAAUCUGUCCAUAAAACAUUGAUAAACCUCAACCAAGCCUGUUGUAACAUUCCACGUGUAUCCUUGAACAAGAAUUUUAUCCUGUUGGACAGCAUCCUGUCGUCUUACUGUACAAAGUAUUGAGGCACUAUAUCAUUUAAUUUACAUGAAUAUUGUGAUAAAAACGAGUAGUAUUGUAGUCAUACCACUGAUCACAGAGGUGUGUUUUAAAUAUAUCUUGUCCGGGGAUCUUCCAUUCAUCAGAUACAUAAAAUAAAUGUUUGUUGACACUGA